UAUAUUUCUACAAUUAUGAAUAAAAUCAGUGUAGUUGGCAUCACUGCCGACAACAUAAACAAAACGUCAACAACCGCAAGAAAAAUUUUCGAUUUUCGGCGCGAUCGAAGUGGUACAACUCCCGGACGCCGUACAAGAAGCACCCUUUCCGGUUCGACGAACGGCAAUCGGCAACUGCAAACAGGGAAACGGACACCAGCGAUGUUCCGAGAGCAACAUAUUCCCUGGAGGAGAAAAGUCACGGAGGGAGAAACCAUCCAGACUUCUGGAUCCAGCAGCUACGCCAACGUUCGGGUGGACACGGAUGGUGUAUCGGAAAAGAGACCUAGAAUCCUUCAGUCGAAAAGGACUUGGUGCCGUCGCUCCAGGAGAAUCCCUGCUCCAUUCGUCCAUUCGCUAACCGGUGUUGAUUGAUGGAUUACCGAGUUGAUGGUAAUUAUGUUUAUUAUUAUUAGUACAUAGAAGUGAUAAAAGUGUAUAAUAAAAGGGAAUAAAAUGUAUAUAAAAUC